GACCUCUUUAAUUUUGUUUAAUCACGCAGCCAAUCAAAGUUCUUUAUAGUCUUGAGCGACUAGCUAAAUCAACUAUCUUUUAAUUUUAGGAUGUGACAGAUUAUUGUUCAUUUCAUUAGUUGAAUUUGCCAUGUUACGUUUUUUUUGUACUUGACCAGCAGACUUGCUUGUUAGCCACUAUCGCUGACUGUAACCGGCCAGCAAGCAGCUGACGAAAGACAUAGCCUGUUAGCCUGCUAGCCUGUUUGCCUGCCAGCCGCCAGUCUCUCUUCAGUCCAACUGUUCUUUGUCUUUUCUCUACGAGCAAGUUAGCCACAACCGUCACUUCCUACUUGUGCUUGCUGACACUGGCACACAACGUUAUUUUAAAUCACCAGGCAAGAUUUAACUACACCAAAAUAGGCGGCUUUGGAACCAAGAUGUCCAACCGAGUGGUGUGCAGAGAAGCAAGUCACGCCGGGAGCUGGUACUCUGCUUCGGGAUCACAGCUGAAUGCACAACUAGAAGGCUGGCUGUCUCAAGCGCAGUCCACAAUCAAACCCGCCAGAGCCAUCAUAGCUCCGCAUGCAGGGUAUACCUACUGCGGUGCUUGUGCCGCACAUGCCUACAAGCAGGUUGACCCCUCUGUUACUCGUAGGGUGUUCAUCCUGGGACCCUCUCACCAUGUGCCCCUCUCCCGCUGUGCCCUGUCACCAGCAGACGUCUAUAGAACACCUCUGUAUGAUUUGAGAAUCGACCAGAAGGUUUAUGCCGACCUCUGGAAAACAGGGUUGUUUGAGCGGAUGAGCAUGCAGACGGACGAAGACGAGCACAGUAUCGAAAUGCACUUGCCUUACACUGCUAAAGCCAUGGAAAGCCACAAAGACGAAUUCAGCAUCGUCCCCGUGCUUGUGGGCGCUCUGAGCGAGUCCAAGGAACAAGAGUACGGGAAGCUGCUCAGCAAAUACUUGGCGGACCCUUCUAACCUUUUCGUCAUCUCAUCGGACUUCUGCCACUGGGGUCAGCGGUUCCGUUACACCUACUACGAUGAAGCUCAAGGGGAGAUCUAUAGGUCUAUUGAGCAUCUUGAUAAAAUGGGAAUGGGCAUUAUAGAGCAGUUGGAUCCCAUGUCUUUCACAAACUACUUGAAAAAGUACCGCAACACCAUCUGUGGGCGUCACCCGAUUGGCGUCCUGCUAAAUGCUGUAGCUGAGCUGAGGAAGAACGGUUUAGACAUGAACUUCACUUUUCUGAACUACGCUCAGUCGAGUGAGUGCAGGAACUGGCAGGAUAGCUCCGUGAGUUACGCCGCGGGGGCGCUCAUCGUUCAUUGAGGUUGACGAUCGCAGGGGUCACUGCAGGAAAGCAGCCCUGCCCUUUAUUAUCUAUCGCCAUAACCUGACCUAAACACACUCUUCCCCCGCCCCCUCACCUUAGCCCUCCAAUCAACGCCUACCAUUUGCAGGAAGGACCUGGACACGCCGAGGCAAUAGUCUUUUGGCUUAUAAUGACGAUUAUUAUGAUUAUGUGUGGAAGGGGGCUUGAUUUGGGCUUUUUGGGUUCCUCGUCCCUUUUAUGACCUCAUUAUGGAUUAGCGUUGUGAAAAGCAAUCUUCAUUGGGACACGAGGCGGCCUGUGCUCAUGUAAUCUUCCUCACAAAAGGAAUGAAAAUUAAUCUGCACAUCUUCAUGGAAACCAAGACUGUAAUGUUGCCAGAUGAAAGAGAAAUAAGUGUAACUCCAACCAUGAAACCAGUUUCAUAGAUAAUGACUACCGUUACUCAACAUACAAUGUGUUGGAGUUUCUAACAAAAGGGCUGCAUUCAGAUCACUAACCCCCCCACUUAAAAAAAAAACACAUAAAAAAAAGCAGUUAUAUCUCACAUUAUUAUCUUUUAUUCAUAUUUGAUUACUCUUAUUUAUCCCUUUGCUAGUUUUAGUAGGUGUGGUAUUAUUGACUGAAUACUAUGUAGAUUUGAACACCAACAGUGUUGUCACGGAUGCUUUUUAGUCAUUAACUUAACUGACCCAGUGAACGAGUGCUGCACAAAAGCCCAACUUUGCUUUAUCAAUGUGAAUUCCCACAAGCAGACUACAUGGUGCGUUACCAAAAUAACGAAAGCUGCAAAUUGUCAAAGUCGAAUCAUGCUGUUGUAAAGAAACUAUAAAGACUUUUUUUUUAAUUGUAUGAACUAUUAUUGUAAUAGUUGAGUAGCAAGAAUCUGCAUUUAUUUUAUUAUACUUUGGAAAGAAAUGUCAAAGCUUAAAGCUUAUUGAAUGUUUUGGCUUUAUGUGUGGUAAAAUUCCAUUUGGAUUUGACCUCAGUGUUGGUAGCAAAGAAUUCUGUAUUGGAAUUUGUUAAUGGGCGGCAUUUAGGAUUUUAUGAGCUGCACAAAGCCGUAACGCUUUGCUGUAUUUUGAAUUUAUAAGCUUUGACAAUAUCUGCGCAUUGAAAUGUGCACCAUUAUCAUGGUAUAAGUGCAUACAGUGCAAGCUGUGAAUCAAUUAUGAUGGCAGCAUGGACUAAUGGCAAUAUAUUCCUGGCAGCGCACAGUUUCCACCAUCCUGCCGCUUGAGGAUUAUUACUUUGUACAGGGGUCCCACUCCUGAUGUUUCCCACUCUAACAUGAUGCAGUCCUCUUGACGUUUGUCGUCCUCCGUGCCAUAAGAGUGUUAUGAAAAAUAAAGGUUCAAACUACGUGGGCACAGACUGAAAGCUGAAUCACCAGUCACUUGACCUCUGGUGUUAAUUUCAAACCAGUAAAGCAUGACACACUGUGUUAUUGUGCCUUUUGAUCACUGUUGCACAAACACAUAUAAAGCAUAUUCUCACUUGUAGUCUUAUUUAGAACUUGAUCUGUUUUUUUGUUCCUGUUUUUACACGUGUAAUCCUCCCUACCUUUGCCUACCUGGUGCCCGCAAAUGUCAUCUUUGGCCCACAGCGUGUGAGUGACCUUUCCCCCCAUCUGUUGGUCUGAAAUGGCACCAACUGUUAUCUGCUUUCUCCAGCAGGGAGUGGUGGUCACAUUUUUCCACCUCGCCUCAUUCCUGUAGAGACGAAGCCUGAACCUCAACACUGUUCUUUUGGUUUUUAUUGAUCUUUAUUUGUCUUUUAGUAUCGGGGGUGGGGUUCUGUACUUUUUUUUUUUUUUUUUUUUUUUCUUGCUUGGACGAUGAGAA